GACAGGACCGGAAGUAUGUGUCACAAUAUUUAGUUAUCCCCAUGGAAACACUUGCUGAAGGUUCCGUCCAAAAAUAAUAAUGGCGACCUGUCAGUGCGGCACACGUAACGCAAGCUAAAAGAUAAGGAAGCAUUAAUACCGGUCAUAGUCCUCGGCGAUGUGAUCGAGGGUACGUUUGUUUUGAACCAUCUCUUGAGUGAAGUGCCCUCAUCCAAAGACAUGGCAGAGCAAGACACAGAUCAACACCACACAGCAGUUUUGAAUAAUCCUAUUCAUGAAGUGCCAUCAUCCAAAGACAUGGCAGAGCAGGACACAGAUCAACACCACACAGCAGAGGAAGAACCAGAGUCCACAAAGAUGGAUCAGGUCUCGCCUUCUGAGAACAAACGGGAGACUGUUAUUGAUCCAAAUGUAAAGCAGCAACUUGCAGAAGCUUCAUCAUCUGCAUCCACAAACGAAGAAUCUAACAAUGACGCCAGUGACCAAUUGGAGAAGCCUGACUUUAAAAACGGUGAUCCAACUGAAGAGAGCAUGAAGCCUCCGACAGAAGGAUCUUCACCUCAAGAUGAGGACACGACGGCGAAUGUGAAGAGCAGCACCCCACUUCAGCCUGAUGAAGGAAGUCAUGGUGAUUACAAGACGGAGACACCAAGAAAGGAGCAACAGACCGUGAAAGCUGAGGAGAUUUCUGGAGACGCUGGGGAGAAGAUAGAACAGGAAAAAAACACCCAACCAACCCUGGAUGAUGGAGAGGAUGACCAAGUAGAUGGACCUGAUGAAGGAACCCCAGACACUAUCAACACAAACACUGAAGCUGAGGAUGCUCCUAAGGAAGAAAAGGAUUAUCAGGAGUCAACUCUCCCAGUGAUACAGGAAGAUCUGGAAACCAUUGGUCCCAUCAUUCAGGAGGCUGAGGAUGCUGAACCUGAAGCUCCAGUGGUUAUUAGCAAUCUUGGAGGAAAAAGAAUGUACCUGAUGGCAGUUGUAUUGGGGGUAGUUUUUGCCAUCCUGCUGUCGCAUCUUCAGCCCGAGCCUCAACCUCAGAAAGACGAUGUGCGACAAAUAGACAUCUUCCUCAGGCAGUUGGAAAAAGUAAAGACUCGGUUCCCUCACCAGCGCACUGAGCUCUGGAGCAGGAGCAAGAUCCACCUGCUGAGACACCUCCAGACGGCCCAGCCCACAGAGCCAGUCAGUCUGAUCCUGACUGCAGGACACAGAGCUGAGAGGACACUGCACUGCCUGGCUCAGAGCCUGGCCACCGCCUUCUCUUCUUCCCUCAACGCCUCCGUCCUCCACAUCGAUGGAGCCAGCAAAGCCAGCCAGGACAGCGACCAGGUCAAACUGGACAUCGACAGCAAGCUGCAGGGAGCUUUUGAAGGAGACAAACCUGUGGCUGUCAUUGACCGAUUCGAGGAGCUCCCUCCAGGCUCCACCCUUAUUUUUUAUCGCUACUGCGACCACGAGAACGCUGCCUACAAGAAGACUUGUCUGAUCUUCACGGUGCUGCUGGGGGAAGAAGAAGAGAUUCCUGCCGAGACUCGUUUGAGCACUGUGGAGGAGAUGGUGGACGACCAUCUCCAGAAGAAGUUCCUCUCUGAGGGCCAUCCAGUAUCUUUUGACAGGAUGGACCUUGACAAGUACGGAGGACUGUGGAGUCGUAUUUCUCACCUCAUCUUGCCUGUGGCAGCAGAGGACAGAGUAGAACAUGAAGGGUGCUAGGGGAUAUAAAUAUUCACUCUUGCACUUCAAGUCAAAGCACUGAGCUACCGUCUAUCUUUCAGAUUUCUCACUGGGUGACUUUCGGCAUUCUGAGGCUAGUAGCAGCGGUUUUAAAGACCCAAAGGUUUCUUACAUAUAAUAUAUGAAGCUCACUAUUAUGAAGGCAUAAAUAACAAAUGAGACUCUUAAUAUUAAGAAGAUUAUACUAAGGGAUGUUUGUAAAAAAAAAAAUCUGUGGAUGUUCAUUGAGGAAAAUGUUUGACACACAGGCUGCAGGGUUUUAUUGUUGACUUUGAUCAAAUGUUAUCGAUAAAUUGCAAGAUGAUUCAACUGGUAGCUUUGGGGGUUUUACAUUACAAAGAGUAAUAAGACAACAAUUUGUUUAGUAACACAGCACAGGGUUUAUUGUUUGUAAGUCAAAUGUCUUUUUCAUUGAUUCUCAGACCUACAUGGCACCAUGUGCCUUAACUGAGCUUCCUAUGUUCCUUUUUAUAUAUGUAUCACACUACAGGACGGAGUCUGAUGGACGUAAGUGCAUAAAUUAAAUGUGCCUUAAAGUGCAAAUAAACAGGUGAUUUCAAA